AUGGUUGCCUGGGGCGAUCAGCAGCUUGCCUGGGCACUGUGCGUUAUCUUGAAGGAGUGUGACAUCAAGGUCACACCAAAGGACCUCGCUCCGAAGAUUGUGGAACUUUGGCCUGCGGAGUUCGGUCCUAAGCCUACGGUCUCUGCGGUUACGGAUAGAUUCUCGCGCCUGAAGCGACGUGAGCGCUCCAAGAUCGAGAAAGACGGCUCGAUGAAGUCUGGCCGACAUACCCCUUCUGGGCGUGUCUGGAGGACGAAAUCGACGCCGACCAGCGGGAAGAGGGUAAGGGACGACGAGUCCGACAGUGAUAGCGACGCCGUCAAUGAUGCUUUGGGGCUAAAGACUCCGAGUCGAAGACACAGGGAGCGUCCUAAUGGAAACGGUGACGCCGUAACCCUGGAGCCGCGGCGGAAAUCCCCAAGGAAGCCGAAGCCGAUUUCCACGUUCAACAAUGCGAUGGAUACCCUGCUCGACGGAGAUAUGGAGAAUGAAUAUCCGAGUGAGGAGGAUAGCUACGACGAAUAUGACGACGCUAUCUGA